AUGGAGGAGUUGGCCCGGGAGAGCAUCAGCCUGCUGGCCUCCGCCUCCCACAAGUCCCCGCUGCAGUGCGGGCCCCGGCUGGGCUCCACGGGGGCCGUGUUCAUCAUGCUGAAGUCUGCGCUGGGAGCAGGCCUGCUCAACUUCCCCUGGGCUUUUGACAAGGCUGGAGGCGUCCACAACGCGGUCACCGUGGAGCUGAUGUCGCUGGUGUUCCUGGUCAGUGGGCUGAUCAUCCUGGGAUACUCCUCGUCUGUGACUGGGGGCUGCUCGUAUCAGGCGGUGGUCCGAGAGCUGUGCGGAACCUCCAUCGGGCAGCUGUGUGAGCUCUGUUAUGUCUUCAACCUCUUCAUGAUCGCCGUGGCCUUCCUCGUCAUCGUCAACGACCAGAUCGACAAACUGCGUGGCUCCCUGUAUGAGGUGCUGACCGGGCUGCCCGGCUCAGAGAUGCCCUAUCGCUGGUACACUGACCGCCACUUGGCCCUGGUGCUGCUCUGUCUGUGCCUGGUCCUGCCCAUGUCCAUCCCCAAAGAGAUCCGGGUGCAGAAGUACAUCAGUGUUUUAGGCACUUUUGCGGCUGUCUACCUGACCAUCGCCAUCAUCAUCAAAUACUACACCAUGCCUUCUGUCCUGCCGCGCUCCACCGCUCUGAUCAGCACUGGAACUGGAUCAUGGGCGUCCAUGUUUGGUGCCGUCCCAACCAUCUGCUUUGGUUUCCAGUGUCAUGAGGCGUCCAUCGCCAUUUACAGCAGCAUGGAGAACCAGAAGCUCUCCCACUGGGUGCUUAUCUCGGUGCUGUCCAUGGUCAUCUGCCUCGUUAUUUAUUCACUGACCGGGGUUUAUGGGUACCUGACCUUUGGAGAAGAAGUGAAGGCAGACAUCCUCAUGUCGUACGCUGGACACGAUGUACUGAUGGUGGUGGCUCGGCUGUUGUUUGGAGUGUCCAUCAUCACUGUGUACCCCAUCAUUGUGCUGCUCAGCAGGUCAGUGAUCCAGGAGCCGCUGAUGCGCUGGCGCCGGAGCCGCACUGGGACGGUGAGCGAGGCCUUCGAGCGCAGCAGCCGUGUCCUGCUGAGCUCCCUGUGGAUUAUAGUCACCCUCCUCAUCGCAAUGUAUGUACCCGACAUCAGCAAAGUCAUCAGUGUGAUUGGAGGCAUCAGCGCCUUCUUCAUCUUCAUCUUCCCAGGUCUGUGCCUGAUGUUUGCCAUGCAGUCUGAGCCCGUCUCCUUUAAGACCAGAGUGGUCCUGACGGCGUGGGGGGCUCUGACCCUGGUCUGCGGCGCUUUCAUCUUUGGCCAAAGCACCACCAUCGCCGUCAUGCAGCUGCUGCAUAAGAUCUGA